UUUUUAAUAUCAAUGUAUUUUAAUAGGUUAAAGAAUACUCAAUAAACAAAAGUAGUAAUAUUCUUAAUAUAUAUGGAAUAUCUCAAAAUCCAGAUACAAAAGAAUAUAUUAUGGUUCUCCAAUAUGCAAAAGAUGGAAAUUUUAAUCAUUGGAUAAAUAAAAACUAUAAAUAUUUUAAUUGGGGUGAUAAACUAUCUGCAUUACUUAAUAUUAUUAAGGGUCUUAAAGAAAUUCAUCAAAGAAAUUUAGUUCAUCGUGAUUUUCAUACAGGAAAUAUAUUAUUUUUAAAUUUCAUAAAUAAUUUUAGUAAUUGUGUAUUAAUUUCAGAUAUGGGAUUAUGUGGAGAAGUUGAUAAUAUAGAUGAAACAAAAAUUUAUGGAGUUAUGCCUUAUGUGGCUCCUGAAGUAUUAAGAGGAAAGUCUUAUAAACAAGCAGCAGAUAUCUAUAGUUUUGGUAUGAUAAUGUAUUUUGUAGCAACUGGAAGACAACCUUUUGGUCAUCGUGCACAUGAUUUUGAUUUGGCAUUAGAUAUUUGUGAAAAAGGAGUUAGACCUGAAAUAAGUGAGUCAGAAGCACCAAAUUAUUAUAUUGAUUUAAUGAAAAAGUGUUGGAAUUUAGACAAAAAUGAUAGACCAAAUAUUUCUGAGAUUGAUAAAUUAAUCACAUUAUUUCAUGAGUCAUAUUUUGGGGAAUUAUAUAUUGUAGAAAAUGAAGAAAUUGAAAUACAAUUUAGGCAAGCAGAAGAAUAUAGAAGAGCAAAUCUUUUAUCCACUGAAAAUUACCAAAUAGUUACCCAUCCACAAGCUAUUUAUACAUCUCGAUUACUUAAUCCUAUUACAAAGGAUCUUAAUUCUCAAUCUUUGGAUGAUUGUGCACUCCCAAUUAGUUUCAAAUGAUAUACAAUGGAGUAUAGGAGAAUAAAACUUUGUUUAACAUUU